ACCUCUUAAAUUGAAAACGUGGUUUCAGCUAACGUUUGGAGUUGCGGACGGUUGCGGGAGGGUAAAUUUUUUUUCUUUUUUUUAAAACAAUAAAAAUACAAAAAUAAAAAUAUUCAAUAAAAAAAUUAAAUUGAAAUUAUAAAAAUACUAAAAUAUAUCUAUUAUAUUUUUCAUUAAUAUUAUAAAUUUUAAAAAUAAAAACAUUUUUUAUAAUUUAAAAUUUUUUAAAACUAUGACUUUUUAAAUAAUUUUUAUAUUUAUUAUAAUAUUAUGAUUUUUGAUAUUUUUAUAAUUAUAUAAAAUGUAAAUAUUGUUAAUUUAUUAUUUAACCGCAGCCGCAUUUGGUAGUUAACCAGUCAUAAGUAUCCCGCAAACGCACCAUAUUCUAACCGAGUACCAGUCGUACAAAUCUCUUAAAACCGUUAGAAACCUCAACCACCUGCAUCCGUAAACUCCCGCAACCGCAACCGCUGCGUUUGAACCAGUCCGACCCUUAGUCUACUGUGUCUGUAUCAAAGCCCAUUGGUGCAUUUCUAAAUCUUAUUGACCGGUUUAGAUCCAAAAUGAUUUAGUCUAUUGUGUCUGUAUCAAAGCCCAUUGGUGCAUUUCUAAAUCUUGUUGACCGGUUUCUUUGCGUGUGCUUAUAGUCCAUUUGAACAUAACCAAAUACUUAUUUAUUGUUUACCAAAAUGAAUCAUGGCCCAUAAGCUACUUUAAUUUGGCAUGUAGGCCCUAUAUAUGAUCUCAUUUAUUUUAGAUUAAAAAUUAGUGACCCCGUGUUAAAUAAAUAUAAGACAUUCGAUUCCGACUGAUUGACAAUCAGAUGAUGAAUUAAAGGGCUCAUCAUGUCGUUAAGUAUGCAAUAACGAAAAUUUGAAUUUAUAUUCGUCAAUCCAGAAAGAUAUCGCUCGUGUAAUUCCAAAAAAAAGAUUGAUGUGAAUUUUCCUUAAGUAAUGAUGAAUUAAGCUUUCUGUCCUCCAAACGAAUAAAUUACAAAUUAAUGUAGUCAUUUAUUCUCCACUAAACAUCAUUUUCCCUUUAUUAGGUUCAAACCUUUCCAUUAGUUUAUUAACUUUUUUUUUUCUUUCUAUAAUGCAAGUAGCAUCUAGAAACUAAUAAUGAUCAGUGUUCAUAUAUGUUUUUCUCAUACUUCAUGUUUCACGAUAUUCAAAUGCUAUCAUGAAAGUUUAUACGUCGUUAGCAUCCAUUUCCAUCUUAAAAUAAAUUUUAUUAAUAAUAAAAAUAUUGGGUUAUCUUGUGUUAUACUUGCACACAAGUUGAUUCGUUAUAUCAAAUUAAUAAAAAAAUCCCAUAAACGCAGAAAUUAAGAGAAGUGCUUUCCUUAAUUAUGGAAAUGAUAUAUUACGUUAAGCCUUAAUCUUAGCUUUACAGAGAAUAUUGAGAUAUACACAAUAUUUAAAACGAAAAAGAGCAUUAAAAAGGUAAUUCUUAGCAUCAACCUUUUCUAAACAUAUACCAGAAACAAAUUAACAACUAAAGAAUAUCAAUAGACAAUAGAUUAUUAAGGCACCCAUCAUUUAUAUUGCAUAGGCCAUUAUUUUCUUCUUGGCCACUUAAUCUAAAAAGCGUUAAAAAGAGAGAGAAAUGUUUCUUGAGUGAGUGUUUAUAAAAAAUUCUUGAGUGAAGAUGGGAACAGCGACGUCGACGAUGGCGGCUAAGUUAGCUUUCUUCCCACCAAAUCCGCCGUCGUACACGGUGGUGACGGACGAAUCGACGGGGAAGAUGAGAAUAUCGGCGGAAAUGAUGCGUCACCGGAGAGACGAGGAAAUAGAAGUGGUGAAGAUAAUGACUAGAAGAGGGAAUGAGAUCGUGGGGAUGUAUAUAAAGCAUCCAACGGCUAAACUAACAGUUUUGUAUUCUCACGGCAACGCCACUGACAUAGGUCAAAUGUUCAUCAUCUACAAUGAACUAAGUCACCAUCUCAAUGUCAAUCUCAUGGGAUACGAUUAUUCAGGAUAUGGGCGAUCUUCUGGCAAGCCAAGCGAGCAAGAGACGUACGCAGACAUAGAAGCAGCUUACAAUUGGCUAAGAGAAACGUGCGGUACAAAAGAUGAACGUAUCAUUUUGUACGGACAAUCUGUGGGCAGUGGACCGUCGCUUGAGCUUGCUUCUCGUCUUCCACGUCUUCGAGCACUUGUUCUUCACAGUCCUUUCUUGUCCGGUCUACGUGUCAUGUACCAUGUCAAGCACUCCUUCUGGUUCGACAUUUUCAAGAAUAUUGAGAAAAUUCAACUCGUAGACUGUCCCGUUCUUGUGAUUCAUGGAACAGAUGACAAAGUUGUGGAUAUUUCACAUGGAAAGCAAUUAUGGGAGCUAUCCAAGGAAAAAUAUGAACCUUUAUGGCUUAAUGGAGGAAGCCACUGUAAUCUUGAGAUGUUUCCUGAGUACUUACCUCACUUAAGAAAGUUCAUAGGGGCCAUUGAGAAGCUUCCAGUUCCACAAUUCCGACGCCAUUCAGUAUCUGAUGAUCACAAGAAAGACAAACAACAACUGGAUCCGAAGAAGAGUAGUUGGAUUGGAUCUAGACAUAGCAUGGAAUGUGUUACUUCUAGAGACAACUCUAGAAAGAUGAGUAUUGGUCAUCGGUCAGGAAAGGCGAGAAACAGCACGGAUAGCUUUGAUCGUGCUAGGAAUAGCUUCGACAGGUUGGGUGAAAUGGUGAGAUCAGUUCGAUUGUGUAAUGUUGAUUGUGUGAAGAAUGCAGUUGCAGAGGCCUGAUGAUUGUUGUUAGACCCAACCAAAUAUUGUUCUUUUUUGUUCGUUGGUUAUAUUCUUUGGAAUGGAGAAAGAUGUUUUGUAAACAUAUAUAUCCUUCU